AUGGCACCAAAUGGAGAAUCACCGGCCAUGACCGCCGUGGCGCCGCUCUUGGCGACGAUCAUCUGCAGCUUCGGCAGCGGCGAGCACAGGCGGCAGCAGAGGGUCCCGUCGUGCCACGAGCUCCGCAGCUGCGUCGCGGGCGGCGACCACGACAAGGAACUGGAGCUGAUGCUCAACCCCGACGACGACGCCAGCGCCCACGAUGACCCGCGGGACGCCGGCGCCACGGCGCGCUCGGCCUCGGCGGCGGCGGAGGUGGAGGACGCGGAGUGCGAGUGCUGCGGCAUGUCGGAGGAGUGCACCCCGUCGUACAUCGCCGCGGUGCGCCGCCGCUUCUCGGGCCGCUGGGUGUGCGGCCUGUGCGCCGAGGCCGUGGCCGAGGAGGCCGCCAAGAACGGUGGCGACCGCGGCGCCGCGCUGGCGGCGCACAUGGCCGUGUGCCGCCGGUUCAACGGCUUCGGGAGGACUCAUCCCGCGCUGUUCCAGGCCGACGCCGUCAUUGACAUCGUGAGGAAGCUCUCGGCGGGGUCGGGCCCAAGGUCGCCGACGAAGUCUAGCGCUGCUGCUGGCACGAGGGUCGUCAUCGGUGAAGGUGCCAAGACCGCCGCCGUCGACGGCAUGGCGCUCAUUGCCGGCGUACGCAACGAUCAGGUGGUCACCAACUAG